CUCUCUCUCUCUCUCUCUAUAUAUUUUCCUUGUUCGUCAAGCCAGAUCUCUCUCCAUAAAUCUCUCUAGUCUCUUUACUAACAACAGCGAUCCUCACUUGAAAUCGUUUUUUAUUCUCUCUCUCUCUACUCUACGAUGGCGAUGAUAGAGCAAAGGCCGAAGACGAAGAUCGUGUGUACCCUGGGUCCUGCUUCCAGAUCCGUUGAGAUGGUGGAGAAGCUUCUCAAGGCGGGUAUGAACGUGGCUAGGUUUAACUUUUCACACGGAUCUCAUGAGUACCACCAAGAGACUCUCGAUAAUCUCCGUCAGGCUAUGCUCAACACUGGUAUCCUCUGCGCCGUCAUGCUCGAUACCAAGGGUCCUGAAAUCCGAACCGGGUUCUUGAAAGAUGGGAAACCAAUACAGUUGAAACAAGGCCAAGAGAUCACCAUUUCCACUGACUACGACUUGCAGGGCGACGAGAACACGAUUUGCAUGAGUUACAAGAAGCUGGCUGUCGAUGUCAACCCGGGGAUGGUCAUUCUCUGUGCCGAUGGUACUAUCUCGUUACUUGUCCUCUCUUGUGACACAGAGAAUGGUACCGUCCGUUGCCGCUGCGAGAACUCUGCCAUGCUCGGUGAGAGGAAGAAUGUCAAUCUCCCUGGCGUUGUCGUUGAUCUCCCUACUCUUACCGAGAAGGACAAAGAAGACAUCAUGAAGUGGGGAGUCCCUAAUCAGAUCGACAUGAUCGCUCUGUCUUUUGUUAGAAAAGGUUCAGACUUGGUCCAGGUCAGGAAACUACUUGGAAAGCACGCUAAGAACAUUCUGCUGAUGUCAAAGGUAGAGAACCAAGAAGGUGUGGCGAACUUCGAUGACAUUCUUGUUAACUCUGACGCCUUUAUGAUUGCAAGAGGAGAUCUCGGCAUGGAGAUCCCUAUUGAGAAGAUCUUCUUAGCUCAGAAAGUGAUGAUCUACAAAUGCAACAUCCAGGGGAAACCUGUGGUCACAGCGACUCAGAUGCUUGAGUCCAUGAUCAAAUCUCCUCGACCCACAAGAGCUGAAGCCACUGACGUAGCAAACGCUGUCCUCGACGGCACGGACUGCGUCAUGCUCAGUGGCGAAACCGCAGCUGGGGCUUACCCCGAGCUAGCUGUGCGUACCAUGGCUAAGAUAUGCGUCGAAGCCGAGAGCACGCUUGACUACGGUGACGUCUUCAAAAGGAUCAUGAAGUACUCUCCGGUUCCAAUGAGCCCGCUUGAGUCACUCGCGUCCUCUGCGGUCAGAACCGCUAACUCGGCUAAGGCAACUCUCAUCAUGGUGCUAACCAGGGGAGGAAGCACAGCGAGGCUUGUGGCUAAGUACAGACCAGGGAUGCCGAUUUUAUCAGUCGUGGUUCCCGAGAUCAAGACCGACUUAUUCGACUGGUCUUGCAGCGACGAAUCACCUGCUAGGCAUAGCCUCGUCUUCCGUGGUUUGAUCCCUGUGCUGUACGCAGGGUCAGCAAGAGCCUCGCACGAUGAGUCGACAGAAGAGGCUAUCGAGUUUGCGACUCAGCAGGGGAAAGAGAAAGAGCUGUGUAAGACUGGAGACUCUGUUGUUGCUCUGCUCCGAGUUGGUAACGCUUCCCUCAUCAAGAUCUUGACUGUCAAGUGAUGAUGUUUAGAUAAAAUCACGUUUUUUGGCGUUUGGCGUUGGAGGAAACGCAACUAUAUACGUUUUUUCUUAAUAUGAAUUUUAUUUGUGAUUAAAAUCUUGAGAUAGAAAAACUCAAGUUCUUCUUUCUUGCUAAUUACAACUGUGGUGACCAGUUUGAAUCCACUUACGGUUUCUUUUUCUUGGA